CCUAUAAAGGUGGCAGUGCCUUCACCCUCAUCCUGAAGGUGACAGUUCCUUGGAGCCUUCCCUGACCAUCUCUGGGGUCUCUGGCUCCAGAGACCACUCUUCCCAGCUCAGCUCGGCACCCCCUCACAGCCGCAGCAGCCGCCUUGGAAUCUCUACACUGGUCAUGUUCUCUGUGUUUGGACCCUCCAUCCCCAUCUCGGCCACGGAGCUUCUCCUGGCCUCUGCCAUCUUCUGCCUGGUAUUCUGGGUGGUCAGGGCCUGGCAGCCUCGAGUCCCUAAAGGCCUGAAGAGUCCACCAGGGCCCUGGGGCUGGCCCCUGCUCGGGCAUGUGCUGACCUUGGGGAAGAGCCCCCACCUGGCCCUGUCGCGGCUGAGCCAGCGCUACGGAGACGUGCUGCACGUCCGCAUUGGCUGCACACCCGUGCUGGUGCUCAGCGGCCUGGACACCAUCCGGCAGGCCCUGGUGCGGCAGGGCGAGGAUUUCAAGGGCCGGCCCGACCUCUACAGCUUCAGCCUCAUCGCUGAUGGCCAGAGCCUGAGCUUCGGCCCAGACUCUGGACCCGUGUGGGCCGCUCGACGACGCCUGGCCCAGAAUGCCCUGAAGAGUUUCUCCAUCGCCUCAGACCCGGCUUCCUCGUCCUCCUGCUACCUGGAGGAGCACGUGAGCAAGGAGGCCGAGGCCCUCCUUGGCAAGUUCCAGGAGCUGAUGGCAGGGCCUGGGCGCUUUGACCCCUACAGGUAUGUACUGGUGUCAGUGGCCAAUGUCAUCUGUGCCAUGUGCUUUGGCCGGCGCUAUGACCACAACAACCAAGAGCUGCUUAGCCUAAUCAACCUGAAUAAUGAGUUCGGGGAGAUAGCUGCCUCCGGGAACCCAGCCGACUUCAUCCCUAUCCUCCGUUACCUGCCCAACACUGCCCUGGAUGCCUUCAAGGACCUGAAUCGGAAGUUCUACAUCUUCGUGCAGAACAUUCUCAAGGAACACUAUAAAACGUUUGAGAAGGACCACAUCCGGGACAUCACAGACAGCCUGAUUGAGCACUGUCAGGACAAGAGGCUGGAUGAGAAUGCCAAUAUCCAGCUGUCAGAUGAGAAGAUCGUUAAUGUAGUCAUGGACCUCUUUGGAGCUGGGUUUGACACAGUCACAACUGCCAUCUCCUGGAGCCUCAUGUACCUGGUGACAAGCCCCAACGUGCAGAAAAAGAUUCAGGAGGAGCUGGACACAGUGAUUGGCAGGGCGCGGCAGCCCCGGCUCUCUGACAGACCCCAGCUGCCCUAUUUGGAGGCGUUCAUCCUGGAGACCUUCCGACACUCCUCUUUCCUCCCUUUCACCAUCCCCCACAGUACCACAAGAGACACAACUCUGAAUGGCUUUUACAUCCCCAAGGGGCGUUGUGUCUUUGUGAACCAGUGGCAGAUCAACCAUGACCAGAAGCUCUGGGAUGAUCCAUCUGCGUUCCGGCCAGAACGGUUUCUCACCAGCAAUGGCACCAUUGACAAAGUACUGAGUGAGAAGGUGACUCUUUUCGGCUUGGGCAAGCGGAGGUGCAUCGGUGAGACCAUUGCCCGCUGGGAGGUCUUUCUCUUCCUGGCCAUCCUCCUGCAGCAGGUGGAAUUCCGCGUGAUGCCGGGUGUGAAAGUGGACAUGACCCCCAUAUACGGGCUGACCAUGAAGCAUGCCCGCUACUUGUCCUUCUGUGCACUGACCACAGACACCACACAGGAGCUGAUGGAGCCCUUCUGAAGCUGUGCUUAAGCUACGAGGCCUGGAAGGGUUAGGGGGUCCUCGGGACUCUGGAAACCUCUAAAGAGCUCUCUGGGCGCCCUGGGCCCACCAGGUGGCUGGCCCUCCGUGGAGAGCGACUGGCUUGAGAAACAUUUAGAGCAGGCAACACCAGGUGCUGUCCAGUCUCUUUGACAGUUGGGAGCCGUCAAGAGGGAAGGGGAGAGGCAGCUCAGGUUAAUGACACAGGGGUGGUCUCCUCACGUAAACAAGGCUGAGCAAUCUCACCACUAGGGUCUGGGACACUGUGUCUGGGAGCUCACCUUCCUCUCUGCAGGCAGGUACAAGUCUGCCUCCUGGCCUUGCAAGGCCCCCGUUCCUGUCCAGGAUGGGCUGGGGACUUGUGUCUAAGAGGAGCAGAAAGCGGAGGGGGUGCCCAAAUCCAGGCACAAGGACAAGGUCAGGGGGGAGGGGGUAGUAAUUCAGCCACUUUUUACUGGGUCUCCUUUCUCUGUGCCCUGUGUUGUCUUUUAAAAAUGUUCGUAUGCAAGGACCUUUUUAUUUUAGCCUGUAUUGUACCUGCAUGUUUGCGUUUACCGUAUAUGAGAGCUCAAGAACAAUUUAUUGAGUGCAAUGGAGAAAAUUCUAACCCAAGUAUCCAGAAAUGUGUAGGAAACAUCUAC